UUAUCUUAAAGGGAAGAUCAACGUGGCAGCCGUCCCCAGACGACAGGCUCGCAGCCAAGUCGGAAACUCCCUCUCUACCCUCCUCCCUCUUUCUCUCUCUAGAAAACUCGUAUUUAUAUUCUCGUACGAAACGCAAACCAGGGUUUUCAUGCGGCAAGCGUUUCCUGGGAUCAUCCGAGCGAGAGAAGAUCCCCCACCCCCCCCAUGAGCGAAACGUAUUCGUUCUUGCUCCUCUGUUCCGAGUUUUUGUAGUUCUAAGGGGAAGGAGAGAACGAGAAAGGAAGGGCCAUCAUCGAUCAUGGAGGGUGAGUUUUUUACUGCAACGCCGACCACGACAGCGACGGGGACGGCUGCCGAGAAGCGCAAGCAGAGGCAGCAGCACCACCACCACGAUCACCAGCAAGCGGAAAAGCCGUACAGGGGGAUAAGGAGGAGGAAGUGGGGGAAGUGGGUGGCGGAGAUCCGGGAGCCGAACAAGCGGUCCCGGAUCUGGCUCGGCUCCUACACCACCCCGAUCGCGGCGGCCCGCGCCUACGACACCGCGGUGUUCUACCUCCGCGGCCCCUCGGCCCGGCUCAACUUCCCCGAGCUGGUCUUCCAGGAGGACGACGAGCUCCGGGACCUGUCCGCCGCCUCCAUACGGAAGAAGGCCACCGAGGUCGGGGCCCGGGUCGACGCCCUCCAGGCCUCUGCGGCCCAGCUCCCCGCCCCGGAGCCGAACUCGAGCCAGGUGACCACGGAGAAGCCGGACUUGAACGAGUACCCAAAAUCGGAGAACUCGGACGGAGAUUGAAUUAGAGCGAAGGAUCGCCCAUAUAAUCACCUAGCUUUAUCUGAUUUUUUUGGUGUUUUUUUUCCAGUUUUGCUGUAGUUUUUAGUGGGUAACCGAGUUUGAUCUUUUCUUUCUUUUCUUAGUUUCCACGCGCCGAUUGAUCAAGCUGAAUAUGGGGGAAAAAGACUAAGGCCCUGAUGAAGUUUUUCAUUUCUUUUUGAUAGGGAGAUGACAAAUAUGAAAUAUAUCUCUGACGCUCGACAUAUAUAGAAGCAAUUUAGAUCA